AUGAGUGAAUCUAGCGAAUCCACCGUCACGUCAGAAACCUCAACCCUCAUCUAUGGACAGGAGUGUUUUGAUACAUACCAGUUGAAAGUCAUUCAGCUCUGCAACUCUCUCAAUCUCGGUGCUCCUUCAUCGAUCACGCGCAUGCAAGGCGGAUGUUUCAAUCGUGUCAUUGGUCUUUCCUUCAGCUCGAAAUCUGUACCUUCGGAAUACAUCCUUCAUAUACCUCGGGAACCACUCGAAGCCCGAGAACGCCAAAGCAUCAAAGAUCAAGUUGCUAUAUUACUUCAUCUGACUGCUUACCUGCCGGUUGCAAAUGUGUUGGCGUACGAUUAUACGACCGAGAAUGCUAUUCUGUCACAGUAUGUGAUUCAGUCGAGGAUACCAGGAAGCUGUGUUGAAGCUAUAUACGAGGGCUUGGAUAUUGAGGAGAAGAUCGAAAUUGCGGAGCAAGUGGCAGAACUUAUUGUGAAGAUUGAAUCAAUUGAACUGUCAGCAUUUGGAAGAUUGGUUCAAGAGUCUCCGAUGCCUGAUUCUGCCCAUGAUCUGUCGCAGAUACUCAACAGAAAUAUUGGAGUCCAAGGAUACCGUCAAGACCUCACAAAAGAUAUGCCGACGACCUCUCUUAAAACCCUGCCAGAGCUACUACGCGCUAUGUUCAAGAGCCAUGGUGUGGGAGAUGCUGGUGACGAAGAACUAGUGGGAUAUUGGGAUCGAUUACACUUGAUGCUUAGCGAGAUGGAGUCCAAUGGUCUUCUGUCAAACGAGACAAUCACACCGAGACUGACACAUUGGGAUCUUUCCUCUCAGAAUAUAUUAGUCGACAAGACAGACGGUGUCUGGAAAGUGACUGGUGUAGUCGACUGGGAUGAUGCGAUAUCAGUACCAGAGAUCAUAGGAAGGAAGCCUCCUGUUUGGCUUUGGGCUCCUGAAGUGCGCGUUGAAGAUGUGGAUGUGACUGAUGUUGGGGAGCUCAACGACGGUCAACAGACCAUCAAGGAGCGAGUAGAAGAGGUUUUUUGUAGACAGCUUCCGCGUUGGAGGGAUGAUGCACACUUGAGAGGCAAGUGGCUGAGGAGAAUUUGGGCAUUUGCACGACACGAAUUCUACUAG